AUAACUCAAACCUUUAGGCUCUAAGGGUAAUUUUAAAAAGAAAGAAACCAUUUCAUAAUUGGUGAAUAAAUAUAAGGGGAAAAAAAGGCGCGCUAUGGUCAAUAAUCAGCGAUCACCAGAAUACAGAGUGAAGAACAGAACAGAAUGACGAGCAACCACCAUAGCCUAUCAAUCAUUUUUUCAUUCCUACAUCGUGGGUCGUUUACAAUUUCCACACAAAUUGUCCGUCCAUGGCCGGAGCUUCUCGCUUUUUUUUGUUGGCGGUGUUGCAACUUCCAUUACCCUUCGGAGCAGAUAGGAAGAAGAAGAACUUCACUCUGUCAUAGAAGAAGUUUUUUUUUUUAUUUUUUCAACGCAAUUUUUUUACAAAACCCCUCUUUAAUUUCAAAUACAAAAUGGUGAAAUGAUUUGAUUUCAGUAAUCAAUUUUAGGAUGAUGGGUUUUAAAUGUAAGAUUAUAACGGUUUCAUAGUUUGUAACUGUCGGAUUUUGUUCAAAUUUGGGCUGUUUCUCCUUUCUCUUUAUAUAUAGUUUCCGUAAUCCUAUUGUAUUUAGCGGCGGAGAAAUGACUAAUAAACCUACUGAAGAUCCGCUUCAACCUCACCCGGUGAAAGAGCAGCUACCCGGAAUUCAAUAUUGCAUCAACAGUCCUCCUCCAUGGCCGGAGGCCUUUGUGUUGGGUUUUCAGCAUUAUGUAUUGACACUUGGUUUCAGUGUUCUGAUUCCUAGUUUGAUUGUUCCUCAAAUGGGUGGUGGCAAUGUUGAGAAGGCCAAAGUGAUUCAAACCUUGCUAUUUGUUUCGGGAUUGAACACAUUAUUUCAGUCUUUGUUUGGGACUAGAUUACCAGUUGUGGUUGUGGGUUCAUAUGCAUAUCUUAUUCCUACAAUCUCCAUUGUUCUGGCUAAGAGAUACACUUCCUUGACAGAUCCUCAAGAUAGAUUCAUUCAGACUAUGCAAGGAAUUCAAGGAGCUCUCAUAGUGGCUUCAUGUUUUCAAAUGGUUAUGGGUUUCCUCGGCUUCUGGAGGAAUACUGUGAGGUUUUUCAGCCCUCUUUCUGUGGUUCCAUGUGUUACUUUCACUGGACUUGGUCUGUAUCAUUUUGGUUUUCCAAUGCUGGCAAGAUGUGUAGAAAUUGGACUUCCUGGGCUGAUUAUUAUAGUUUUCAUCUCACAGUAUCUUCCUCAUUUAUUGAAAACAAAAAAGCCAAUCUAUGAUCGAUAUUCAGUGUUGUUUUCAAUUGUAAUCAUCUGGCUAUAUGCACAACUCUUAACUUCAAGCACCGUUUAUAAUCACAAGCCCACAACAACUCAGAAAAGUUGUCGCACUGAUCAAGCUGGACUUUUGAGUACUGCUCCUUGGAUUUACAUUCCCUAUCCAUUUCAAUGGGGAGGUCCAACUUUCAAUGCUGGAGAAGCCUUUGCAAUGAUGGCUGCUUCUGUUGUUUCCCUCUUCGAGAGUACCGGAACAUUUUUUGCUGCAUCAAGAUAUGGCAGUGCAACUCCAGUGCCUGCAUCCAUCAUCGGCCGAGGUAGCGGUUGGCUGGGAGUUGGAGUUUUGCUCAAUGGCAUGUUUGGUUCUCUCACUGGCACUUGUGCAUCUGUGGAAAAUGCUGGUCUAUUAGCUUUAACAAGAGUUGGUAGCAGAAGGGUCAUCCAAAUAUCAGCUGGCUUCAUGAUAUUCUUCUCUGUAUUUGGGAAAUUCGGAGCACUUUUUGCCUCAAUUCCUCUUCCAAUUAUUGCUGCCUUGUAUUGUGUCUUUUUCGGCUAUGUCUCCUCUUCUGGGCUUGGUUUUCUCCAAUUCUGUAAUUUGAACAGUUUCAGAACAAAAUUUAUCUUGGGCACCUCCUUCUUUUUGGGUUUGUCAAUACCACAAUACUUCAGAGAAUAUUAUCGCCGAGAUUUGAAUUUAUCAGAGCACAUUUACUCUGGCCAUGGAUGGUUUAAUGAUGUGGUCGUCGUGAUCUUCAUGUCUCACGCAACAAUAGCAUCUUUGGUUGCUUUAAUUUUGGAUUGCACACUUUUUCGAGAAAACGAUGCAACUCGGAAAGACAGUGGGUUACAUUGGUGGGAGAAGUUUUGCUUAUACAGUUCAGAUGUAAGAAAUGAUGAAUUCUAUGCAUUGCCGUUCUGCUUGAAUAAGCUAUUCCCAUCAGUAUAAGGCCUUGUAUUGUACUACUAGGAAGUUUAACAUUUUUUCAUUCAAAAUUUAACAAAAGAAAUUUGGAGAUCAAUGGAAGAUUUAGUUCAUUAUCAACUAAGUUAUUCUAUUCCCUACCAA